GGCCGCAGCGGGGAGAGAGGAGGAGGCGACGGGCGGACUGGCAGGAAUUCCUCGGCUCUCUCCUCAAAUUUCAUCGAACCGCUGAUCUCUGGAUAAAACAUCACGACCAGAACCGCUUCUUCCUUCCUGAGCGGAACCACUUCUUGUCUGAGCGAAACGAUGUGGAGAAGCGUCGCUGUAAUCCUGCUGCUGGCCGCGGCUUCAUGUAAAGCAGAGGAGCCGAAGAGCAAGAGCAAAGUCUGCGCCAAUGUGUUUUGCGGGGCCGGCAGGGAGUGUGCCGUCAACGAGAAAGGGGAGCCCAGCUGCCUCUGCAUUGAGAGUUGCAAACCCCACAAGAGGUCAGUGUGUGGCAGCAAUGGGAAAACCUACAGGAACCACUGCGAGCUGCACAGAGAUGCUUGUCUGAGUGGCCUGAAGAUCCAAGUGGCUCACGAUGGACAUUGCCGGGAAAAGAAAACAGAUCAAGCUGCUGCCAGCCCAGUGGUGUGCUACGCUGCUGACCGUAAUGAGCUGAGGGGUCGUGUCAUCCAGUGGCUGCAGACUGAGGUCGUCCCAGACGGCUGGUUUGCAAAGGGAUCCAACUUCUCUGAAAUCCUCCUCAAAUACUUCAAGUCGUACGACGAUGGCGAUUCUCUGCUGGAUUCCUCUGAGCUGCUGAAAUUCAUCCAGCACAACGAGACAGUUGGAGAGCUGCAGUCCUACGCAGACCAGAAGAGCAACAAGCUGCUCAGGAGCCUUUGCAUUGAUGCUCUGAUUGAGCUCUCUGAUGAGAACGCUGACUGGAAGCUAAACUUUGAUGAGUUUCUUAACUGUCUGAAGCCUAGUUUCAACCCCCCGGAGAAGAAAUGUGCCCUGGAGGACGAAACAUACGAGGACGGCGCAGAGACCCAGGUCGAGUGCAAUCGCUGCGUCUGUGCUUGCGGCAACUGGGUCUGCACUGCAAUGACCUGCAGCGACAAACAGGCUGCAGUGGGUGAGUCAGCAGAUACGGGAGCGGAGAUGACAGAGGAGGAAUGGAACCUCCGUGUUGCUGAGCUCAACAAACAUCAGGAAACGGUUGAGGAGAUGAAGACCAGCACAAAAGAGGUCUAAGUGAGGACACUUAAACAAAGAAGAGGAUGAGAGUUAUCACCCUUCUUUGAUACUUGACUCCACCUGUUUUAUCAAACUGACUUUUUUCAUGUUUCACUGACAUGUUAAUUAUUUUAAAGUUUUACAGUGUUUAAGUGUUUGCUGUGUCAGUUAUAUUCAAAGGCAUUCUGAUUGGACGCAGAUCGCCUUCUGUUCGAUGCUGUUAUGUUUGACUGUAUUGUUGCGCCCCUUUACUAGUCUAUGGGCUUUUUUUUAUUACUAUCUAUAUAUUUUUUACAUUUGUUAUAUGAAAGGAAGUAGUUAUCACUUUUUUUGGGAUAUUUGCACGAGUGCUUUAGAGAGUGGUAAGGUUAGGAACUUAAGCUUGUCAACAAGAGAGUAACUGGUUUAAGUGUCUUUAACAAGGUAAAGCUACUUGUAUUUCAUUUUUUUGUUGCCAUAGAACUGCAGCAAUAGGCCACUGCUACAACCGUUGCACUUCUUUCUUUCUCUUUGUCUUUGUUUCUUCUGAGCUUAGUUUCAUGCAAAUCAGAAUUAUGUUUGACUUAAUGCUUUAAAUCAUAGUUUAGUUGCAAAAAAAAAAAAAUUCUUUUCUGUGUACAGUGUGUUAUUGGUUUGUGUUGGAACCCACCUUAUUACCAUGUGAUGUUUGGACCUGUUUCUUUUUGUCUUUAUGCUGUCUGACUUUUCCGAGACCAGCUGCACCUAAAGGGAGCACUUGGUCUUAGUGUUACAUGGGGGAAAAUGAAACCAAAGUCUUGAUGAAGUUUUUUUUAAUGAACGAUGUACAAAAUUAUCCAGGUAAAACACUACUCUGGACCCAGCAACAACGCUAUACCUGUUUUUCAAAAUCACUAACAGAAGGACUAGCCUCAGCUGAAGUAGCAUAGACAUACUAGUUAUCUGGGUGCAAAUAAAAAUGUGUGCAUGUGGGUGUGUGUAUCUGUGUGUUGUGGACCUUCAAGUAUUUGGCUUUAAGUAACGUGUUUCUUUGUACCUAAAUUGGGGUUUUGACCCAUUCUAAUCAGUGCCUUAGACCUGCAAACGUUAUCAGCCUCUAAAAAAGAACAGAGGUUACUGUUAAAGUUUCGCAGUAAACCAGUGUUUUGUUACUCAUUGUCUGAAAAUGAUUGUGUGAAUGUUGCAUCAUUAGAUGGGAGCUACAUCUUUCUAUUUCACAGUGCAAAUUGUAAGGAAUGUAUGCCAAUAAAGCCCUUACACCACA